AUUUCGAUCAGCAAAAGCACCUACCACACUUUUAGCCUCAGUGUGGGUGGGUUUUCAAUAAGUUCGUGAAACCCCUCGUUCGACAUACAUGUCAAAAGGAAAAUAUAAGAAAACGAAAAUGAAAUUUCGCUCAGUGGAGGAAAAAACGGAAAAAGAGUGGCGUGACUCGCGCUUUUUCGGUCGCGGAUUAAGUUCGUGGUGCGAUACACAGCACAAGUUGGACCAGAACCGGAACUCGAACGGAUCGGCGUGGUCAACCAGUCUGCCGGAAACAGCAAACAUUGCUGAAGCGGUAUCAUCUACUCAACAACCGUACCACAGUGGCUGCUGGUUGUCCCGCCGUGUUCUAACGGAAGCUCGACAAAAUCGAAGCAAGAGCCCAUCGCGUCGAAAUCCAACCAGCGAGAAAAGGGCAACAAGCGAGUGUCGCAUACGGGGCGCAAGCAACGGAAACAUAAGCGGCUCCCAAUAUCGCCAGUGUAACGCCUUGGAAAAGGCAGGAUUCGGUGUGCACAACAGCCCCUGCAACGGGGCUUUUUUGCUUCUCUAUUUUUUCUCAGCUUCCACUGGUGGUAUCGGCGAAAGACCUUCGUUGUUAGACCUAUUAGACCGGUUCAAAGCGAAAAUCAUCAGACUAGGAGAACCGUUCGGGGAUCCAGAAUUCCAGGAGUCAGCACGCAGGCGAAGUCUCUCAACAGCAGAAGGGAAGUGGGCUUCCCGGAUAAGGGGCGCCUCUGCCUCUUCGUUGACCACCCCCACGGUCUCCAGUACUGUGCAUUCAGCAUCCUGCACAAUAUCGCAGCAAGAGGUUGCACGGAGAAAAGCCGUUGGAUUGCCUGUUAGUUCCGGAAGUCCGGUGUUCGGACACUUGCGUGGUGUGCUUCGAAUCGACGACCUACCACCGACGAUUUGCCAGUCAUGA